AAAUGACGUCAGGCAGCGGUCGCACUCGCGGUGUGUAUAGUGUAUAGUGUAAUGGUAGUAGAGCAGUCACCUUCCGUGUGUGUAUGAGAGUGUGUGUGCGUGUGUGUGUGAGUGUGUGAGUGAGUGAGUGAGAGAGAGAGAGAGAGAGAGAGGAGUUAAAAGUUACCUGGAUAAAUGAUCACAGCUCCUGUUCACCUGUAAGGCUUUGCUCGUGACAGAACCUCCACCAUGAAGCAGAAUAAAGACUCCGACUCUGUGGAAGAGCUGUCUCCUGAUCACGCCGGCGCGAUUCAGACCAUCUACAGCUCCAUCAAUCCGUCUGAGGAGCAGCCCAACAUCUCCACCUACUUCGACGAGAAGGUUCCCGUACCUGAUGAUGUCACACAGGUGUUUAGUUUUCGGAAGCUUUGGGCCUUCACCGGUCCCGGUUUCCUGAUGAGCAUCGCUUAUUUAGACCCCGGGAACAUCGAGUCGGACCUUCAGUCAGGAGCUGUAGCGGGGUUUAAGCUCCUGUGGGUGCUCCUCGGUGCCACCAUCAUCGGUCUCCUCCUGCAGCGUCUGGCUGCUCGGCUCGGCGUCGUUACAGGGAUGCAUUUAGCCGAAGUUUGUCAUCGACAAUAUCCCACUGUUCCUCGGAUCAUUCUGUGGUUGAUGGUUGAACUGGCCAUCAUCGGCUCUGACAUGCAGGAAGUGAUCGGCUGUGCCAUCGCCCUCAACCUGCUGUCUGUGGGCCGGAUCCCUCUGUGGGCCGGAGUUCUCAUCACCAUUGUUGAUACGUUUGUUUUCUUGUUUCUGGAUAAAUACGGUUUGCGUAAACUGGAAGCUUUCUUUGGUUUCCUCAUCACCGUCAUGGCAGUGACCUUCGGCUACGAGUAUGUGCGCGUGGCUCCGGAUCAGGGUGCGCUGUUGAAGGGGAUGUUCGUGCCGUACUGUCAGGGCUGCGGAGCGCCGCAGUUAGAGCAGGCAGUUGGGAUUGUUGGAGCUGUUAUAAUGCCUCAUAACAUCUACCUGCACUCUGCCCUGGUUAAGUCGCGACAGGUGGAUCGAGCAAACAAGAGGGAGGUGAAAGAGGCGAAUAAAUAUUUCUUUAUCGAGUCGUGCAUUGCGCUCUUCAUUUCCUUCCUCAUCAACGUGUUCGUGGUGGCCGUGUUCGCUGAGGCCUUUUAUAAUAAAACCAACAUGGAAGUGAAUCAGCAGUGUAAUCAGACUGGAAGUGUACACACAGACCUGUUCCCGCUCAACAACAACACACUGCAAGUCGACAUCUACAAAGGGGGUGUGGUCCUGGGCUGUUUCUUUGGGCCUGCAGCGCUGUAUAUCUGGGCGGUGGGGAUUCUGGCAGCAGGUCAGAGCUCCACCAUGACAGGGACCUACUCGGGCCAGUUCGUCAUGGAGGGGUUCCUGAACCUGCGCUGGUCUCGGUUUGCGCGUGUGCUGUUAACGCGCUCCAUCGCGAUCUUCCCCACGCUGCUCGUGGCCAUCUUCCAGGACGUGACACGCUUAACUGGCAUGAACGAUUUCCUCAACGUGCUGCAGAGCAUGCAGCUCCCGUUUGCGCUGAUCCCCAUACUGACCUUCACCAGCCUCACACCCAUAAUGAACGAGUUCGCCAAUGGCCUGUUCUGGAAGAUCGGCGGUGGUCUCACCAUCCUGUUGGUGUGUGCGAUUAAUCUGUACUUUGUGGUGGUUUAUGUGACGGCUCUGAACAGCGUGCUGCUCUACGUCCUCUCUGCUCUGCUCUCCAUCGCUUACCUCUGCUUCGUCAUUUAUCUGGCGUGGCGGUGUCUGAUCGCGCUCGGCGUGUCCUGGGUGGACGGUUGCGGCAGGCUGCUGCUGCUUUAGUUCAGGAAACUUCCACAGUUGUGCAGAGCCACAUGGACUCGUACCUGCUGAACAACCUCGACACAGACCUGCAGCGAUAACACACACACACACACACACCUGGGCUUUAUUAUUAUUAUUAUUAUUAUUAUUAUUAUUAUUAUUACGUUUUAAUUGAAAUGAGUAAAGUGGACCAGGACACUGGACUGUCGCUUCCUGUAGUGCGCACUCCUUUUUGCGCACUACUUAGUGAAGUUUUGUCCCCUACGCUAAGCCGAAUAUUUCGAUUUUAAAUGUUUAGUGUUAAACUUCACGUUUCUGAAUAUUGUGUUACUGUCUAUUGGUGAAUUUGCAUACAGCCAAUAGGAGCGCAGGGGGCGUGUCUGUGUGCAUAAACCCUGAAACAAUCUCUAUUUACAUUCUAUUAUAAUAAGCUACUGAAGCCCCUCCCACCACCCCACUGAGCCACGCCCACGUCUGCACCGGACCUGCUGCAUCGCCGGAACACUGAGAGAUUAACGCGGAAAUCGUUUAAUUUAUCAGAAAUGUUAUUAAAUAAGCAGUUUUAAACCUCAGUGUGUAAAAGAACAAAGAGCACUUCUAAAUUUUAUAAAUAAAAGAAAGGAAUAACACACUUCUGACCUGCUGUUGUAGGAAAAUAAUCCACGCCACCACACCAGAGCUGAUUAAUUCCCCAUGACCGCACGUCCCCAAGUGUUUUAUUCCUCCUACACCACAGCAAUGUUUACAAUUUUAAUUUAUUAAUGAAACACACAUUAUACUUUUUAUCCGUUAAUGGUUACAUUUAAUGUCAGUGAAACAGGUUAGUUCCUGUUGUCACUUACGUUAUAGCAGCUAUAAACUCUCGUUCCCUCACCGUGAAGAAGCGUAAACUCCUCUGUCAGAGCGCUGACACUGGAGACUCCUUCCAUAAAAACAUCUCCUUACAGAAAACUUCACCACAUCAGCGUUCACUGUACGAGUCCCUGGGAACGAGCCGUUACUAUAGAAACGAGAGAAUUAAUAUAAACCUGCACUACUGUCAGAGCUGCUGUUCUAGAAAACUAAUCAACACCUUCUGAGUGAGGAAUAAAAACUCACUGUGGUGUAAAAGGUUUAAGUGCUGAGUUAUGAACACGCUGCUGUGUGGUGUAACUGUCAGAUUUAUGAUCUGCAGCUUUAGGGAUUAUUUUAAUGAUUUUGUUUUAUUUUGUAGCUGAUUUUUGUAAAUUAUAUUAAACUCAGAUUUAUCCAGUCCGUUUAUUGAAAACAUUGUGAGACCAAAAAGCGAGAGAGACGCUGAGAAUUAAAGAGGUUUAUUUUAACACACUCGCUGUCUUUCAGUAAAUACGGUAAAUUCCGCGUGUGCUGUUUGCUGUAAUCGCACCAUCAGCAGUUACUAAAUUAUUAUAGUAAUAAUUAUACAGAUUAUUAAUUAUAUUCUGAUUUAAUGUCAUUGUAGUGAACGUUACAUUCCGAGUCGACUUUAUCACGACUCCCCUCUGAAUUUACAGACGAUUUCUGUAAUAAAUAAUAUUUAACAUUUAUAUUUAUAUCUAAAUAAUUUAUAUAAAGUAUUAGCUGGAUUCUACAGGACAAACUGUUCCAGGUGAAAGGUCACUGUUUGGGAUUUUAUCUUUUUUUACUCUGUGCCUUACACAACAGAAGGACAAUCUUCUACAGAAUCCUCAUUCAGUUCUAUUUCUUCUGGCCACGCCCCCUGACAUGACCUGGCCACGCCCCCUGAUGACGGUUACCACCUGCUCGUGCGAUGACUCUCGCUGUGUCUCAUUAGUGUUUAUUCUGUAAAAGCACGAUAAAGCUCGAGGCCGUUAACUCAGUUUCAUUUAUUUACAUAUUAAUAAUCAAACACAAUGAGGGCAGUAACUGUUGUUAAGGGGCGUGGCCUGGUCAGAUCAGGGCGGAGCUAAGGCAGGAAGAACAACAGGGUUUGUAACUGAAGCUGUCUGUAGGUCAGUCGUCAUGGUGAUGAGAUGUUAAUCUGCUGACAGCGUUAAUAAUGUUUAUAAUGUUUAUAUUUGUGUUUUUUGGGAUAUUUUUAUGACACAAUAUGCAGAUGAGCUGCUCAGACACUGUGAGUGAUUUAUAGUUAAACUCGGAUUAUAAAACAGAUUAUUUGUGACGUCUGAUGGUUAAUUUGUUCCACAAGUUUAUUUUCUCUAACAGAAAAGAAUUGUUUAUUGUGUCUAUUUAUACACAUUAAUAAUAAAUUCUAAUAAAUAAAUCUCAAUGUAUUUAGUGUUUAUAAAAUAUAAUGUUUAUGAAUUUUAUUGUUUAUAAUUCUCAGUUAUAAUUGUGUUACUGUCUCGUCACAUUCACAACACAAUUAAAUAAAUAAAAUAAA